AUGAACGACGAUCGGUUUAUGGUGAUGGCGGCAAUUCUGCUGGGCAUCGUCCAGCUACUCGGAUUUUACGGUUUCGACAUGAUGGCUUUUCUCGUAGAACCCGUCUGCCAUUCAGUCCGGGAGCGGUGUCCAGAUUGCAUAAUCGAAUAUGCCGGAUAUUAUGGGGUAGCUAUCCUAUGCUUCUCCUACACCAUCGGAAACCUGAUUGCCCCCUGUCUUUUGCCGAUUUUCGGGUCCCAAGGCUGCCUGACCCUGUCAGCCCUGUGCUUUGCUUCUUACGCAGCAAAUUUUUUUGUAUUUGCGAAACUAUUUCUAUUUUCCGGCCUGUGUCCUGGGCGGCUGGGGCUUUGCAUUUUUUUGCGCUGGCGGUGGAACCAGUCAAUCACCUGGAUGGUGGGAAGUGUUACUACCCUACUAAGCGGUGUUUUUCAAAUUGUCACUAAUAUGGUGCUUGACGAGAUUCCGGAUGAAAAUAUCACUACGCUGGCAUAUGAGGUAAAGAACCAAGCUGCUUAUCGUGAUUUCUCGGAUUUGGAAAUCCGUAUCUUAUCCACCGGAAUGACAUUGUUGGCGUCUGGAGCUCUACUCAUUGGAUUAUCACUGCCCAAACGCCAAAUACCAGACUGCCUUCAACAACGUGUAAAAACGGGCAUUAGCUUUGGAGAGCAGAUUGGAAAAGUAGCCCGCGCCGUCGUCCAGUACGAAUCGCUACUACUUGCGCCCUUUUACCUAUAUACUGGUCUCGUAAUCAGCAUAUUCCUGACGCUAUACCCGACCACGCUCGCGUUCACCGAUUCUCUCGCCGGGGAGAAGAACACUGUGGCUUAUUACUGUAUUGCAGUGACGAUUGGGGAAGUGAUCGUCGGUCUGAUCAUCACGGCGUUGAACAAGCGGGUCAAGGAUUUUGGCAUGCUCUAUCGUCAUUGGCACCAACCAAGGAGGUCUCACUUUUUUGAGCCAAGCGCAACGGUCGCCAUCAUCCUCGGAAUUUUAUGCGGAGCCCUGGAUGGGGCGGCAAAUAAUUGCCGUAUGGUUUCGGCGGCUAAAUCCUUGCCCGCUGACCCAGCCAUUGGCUUCAGUGUUUCAAAGUUUUAUCAGGCAAUCGGCCAAACAACCUGCCUCUACCUCGGCGCCAUGUUUGAUAUGCAUCAGAUGAUCUUGCUGUCUGCGAGUAUGCUGAUUGCCGGUAUUUUCGGCUAUAUCCUCUUCCUACGCGGGCUCAGCAAUCGAAAGAAAAAGACAGUCAAAGAAUCCAAAAAAAACGUUAACAGCAUGGAGGAGACGGAUUUAUGUGGCGGAUUCGGUUUUGAGGACAGUUUCUUGGAGACG